AUGUCAAUGCUCAAGAGUUACUUCGGACUUGGGGAGACAGAGGCAUCCCCCACCCCCACCCACGACACUGUUCACCCUCUCCCUGCCUCAUGGUAUUCUUCGCAGGAUAUACAUGAACUUGAGCGACGCGCCAUAUUCUGUCGGAAAUGGCUUCUGACCACACAUAAGCUUCGCUUCCGCAACACAGGUGACUGGCUCCGAUACGAAAUCGCUGGGUACGCCUUUAUUUUGGUGAAAGAUCGCGAGGGAAAUAUCAAUGCUUUUCACAACGUCUGUCGACACCGUGCAUUCCCGGUGGUUACCAAAGAAGGUGGUACAUCCGGAAUCUUCUCUUGUCAAUAUCACGGAUGGUCUUACGGUCUUAAUGGCAAACUUGCUAAGGCACCCGGGUAUCAAGAUCUGCCUGAUUUUGACAAGAGCAAGAACGGCCUUCUUCCAAUCCAUGUUCAUAUUGAUGUCAAUGGUUUUGUCUGGAUAAAUUUAGACGCCGGCGAGAAGCCCGAGAUCUCGUGGGAUGAUGACUUCAAAGCAAUCGAUCUACAGCCACGUUUCGAGGGGUUUAAUUUCGAGGAUUAUAACUUCGACCACACCUGGGAGAUGAGUGGGGAGUACAAUUGGAAGAUUCUAGCAGACAAGUACAAUGAAUGCUACAUUCCCUCGACUUCCAACCUCAGCUCAUAUGCCCUCGAUACCAAAGAAGGCGAAUCCACAUCCGAGGAGAUUGCAAAGGGGUUGAAGAUUGCCAGCACUUACUAUUUCCCCAAUGCUGCUAUGACUGUCUCGCCGCACUUCUUUUUCAUGCAGCGACUUGUGCCUACAGGCCCAACCACAUGCUCGGUGCGUUAUGAAGCUUACCGCAACAAGAGCUCUAGUGAUGGAGAGUUUGAAACCAUCACCCAGGUUUACAAGGGUAUCAUGUCCGACGAUAAAGAUCUUUGUGUCGAAACACAGAAGAAUCUCAGCACAGGGGACUUUGUGAAUGGGCAACAACACCCCACAGAAGAGAGACUGGUCUACCUCCAGACUAUCGUCCGUGAACUGAUCACAGCGCACAAUAAGCGGGAAGAGGAUGCAGGGGAGAAGAUUUGGCCUGCGCGACAAAGACUCCCCAAAGAAGAGACGGUCAGCAAGGAGGACAUGGACUUUUGCUCUAAGCUGACAAGCAAUGACACGUCGGCGUUGACUUCGGGGGGUUGUUGUGGGGGAGGAUGUGGAGGUGGACCUCCGACUAUCGCAGCCACGGCAUCUGAGACUAUGAUAGUUUGA